UCACAACUCUAUACAACAAAUAAUCCCACUUCUUUUUCCAUACACUCCUGUGAUAAUUUCCAUAACUUUUAACUAAUCAUGGGUGUUGUAACUUAUGAAAUGGAGGUUGCUACAGCAAUCCCACCUGCCAAGAUGUUUAAGGCCUUUGUCCUUGAUUCCGACAAUCUCAUCCCCAAGAUUUUGCCUCAAGCCAUUAAGAGUGUUGUGAUACUUGAGGGAGAUGGUGGUGCUGGAACAAUUAAGCAGGUUAACUUUGGUGAAGGUAGCCAGUUUAAAUCUGUGAAACACAGAAUUGAUGGGAUUGACCUAGAGAAAUUUGCAUACAGCUACACUGUGGUUGAGGGAGAUGCCUUGAUGAACACUCUUGAGAAAAUCUCUAAUAAGAUCGAAUUGGAGGCCUCCCCUAAUGGAGGAUCAGUCUGCAAGAGCAGCAGCACUUACCAUACCAUUGGUGACAUUGAGAUCAAGGAAGAGCACAUCAAGGCUGGAAAGGAAAAGGCCAUGGGAAUGUUCAAGGCUGUCGAAGCCCACCUCUUGGCAAAUCCUGAUGCCUACAAUUAGGCCACCCUUUUUAUGAUGAACAGAACUUCUUCUCUGAGAGGAAAUAGCUAAAUUGCCCACGUUAUGAGUUCAUGACAAUAAAGUCUUUUGUUUUUCAUUUAUCAAUUAUAAGAUUGCUUGUAGUUCUGCAGAAGGAAUAAAUUUCAAGUUAUUUG